AUGGCGCCUGGCGCUCCGCGAGAGGAUGUCCUCGGAGGGGGCCAAGCGGCGCAAGACGAAGCGCCCCAGUCACCGCAGGAACGGGGAGACGCGAGGCAGAGAGAAGAGGAUGGCGGCGUCGAGGAGGCCGACGAGGAGGAGGAGGCUCCCAGUCACCUCCCGUUCGCGCCAUCUUCCGAGCUGCUUGAUGACACGACAACAGUUGACCCCAGCUACACUAUCUCCCUUAUACGGCAGCUACUACCCCAGGGUUCCAAUGCGGAGAAAGAGUUCAGUGUGAAGCAAGGUGUCCCAGAAGAGAAGGAUGCAAAUUCUAGUAAUGGGGAAUCAACACAGCCUGAUUAUAAGGAUCCAUGGGAAGAGUGUGGUUGCAUUCUGUGGGACCUUGCAGCUAGUAAACCUCAAGCAGAACUGAUGAUGAACAAUCUUGUACUUGAAGUGCUUUUGGCAAACCUUCAUGUGACUCAAUCCCCUAGAGUAAAGGAAAUCUGUCUUGGAAUCCUGGGAAACCUAGCCUGUCAUGAAUCUCUAGUUAAUGCUAUCAGCCUGCACAAUGGUUUGACUGCUACGGUUCUGGAUCAGCUAUUUCUAGACGACUCUGCUUGCCUUUCUGAAAUAUUCAGGUUUUUGGCUGCUGUUCUACGUACCAGUGUGUCUGUUUCUUGGGCUGAAGCUCUUUUACCUGAUGAAAUUCUUUCACGUAUUCUGUGGAUAGUUGGAAACACAUUGAAUUCUACGUUGCUUGAGAAGGUCAUAGACUUUCUGUCAACUGUCAUUGAUAAUCAAGAUGUGACCGUCAUUCUUCUUCAGCCAUUGAUAAAAGUGGGUUUGAUUAACCACACUAUCAGUCUGUUAGCAAGUGAGGCUGAAAAGUCAUCAAAUGAGGGUAAAUUAGACAGGUCAGAUUCUCUUGAUUUGAUCCUUAAUUUCAUUGAAGAAUUAUCUGCCAUAGACAGCUGUUCAGGAGUGAUGUCACAAAGUGAUCUGCUGAUUCAAGUGCUUGAAAGCAUAGUUAAGUUACCUGAUAAAUUUGAGGUUACAAGCUAUUGCGCUUCUGUGGUUAUCGUAUUAGCAAAUAUUUUGUCAGAUGGAAAGCAUAUUGUGCCUAGGCUCUCUCAUGAUUUACCCUUCCUGGAGGGCCUCUUUGACAUUCUUCCACUGAUCGCUGAUGAUAACCAAGCCCGAACGCUCUCUGGUUCACACACAUUAAAGAUGACCUUGAAAGCCACAGAGUUGACAAAAAAGAGGAGUUGUCAGCUGAGGACGCUUACUUGA